UCGACACGGUGAAGCGUGGCGAAGCAGUCGACGGUCGGUUGGUCUCUUUUCUGCUGUCCGAUCCGACCUGCGAUGGUGGUCAGUGGGAUAUGCUGGUUAAUCUGAUCAACAAGCACGGGCCAAUGCUGAAGAAGUGCUUCCCGGAGAGCUACAGCUGUGAGGCGAGCACUCGUAUGAACUCGGUCAUUAAGAGCAAGCUUCGCGAAUACGCCAAGGAUCUGCGUCAGCUGGUGGCAGACGGUGCGACUGAUGAGGAGAUCACGGAGAAGAUCCGGAAGCAGAUGAGCGAGAUCUACAAUGUUUUUGGCAUUUGUCUCGGUAUACCGCCGGAAAAGUUCACGUGGGAGUGCUACGACAAGUCGAAGAAGUAUCUAAUGAUCGGACCGAUCCAACCGAUCGAUUUUUACGGAAAGUACGUCAAUCGACGACGAUCCUCGCAGCUCGAACCUGUACGGACGGUCGUUCACCGUCGAGACAGUGUACACUGGCCAGUAAGAAGGCGAAGGUGAUAGCGAUUGUCCAGCGAUGGAUCCAACACAUUUUCCUGUCCCGAAAGGUCCACUCCUGCUCCUGGCUUGCACAGAUUGGCAUCGAACAAACCUUGAAGUGCUUAUUCCGGUGAGGCGAUAACCCUAUCGCCCCAACCCUAUCAAGCGCUAAUAGACCCGGUUG